AGCCAGGGGGUGUGUCAAUUAAAAAAUAGUAAAUUAAAAAUUGUUUUAUUAAAACGGCAUGUUGCACACCAACAACACUAAUAAUAAUAAUAAUCGUCACCUUUAAAAAGUUAUUCACACGUCACUUCCGGUGUUCUUGCCGAUUUUGCCGUUGUCAUGACAACGGUUGAUUCCUGCUGAAGACCACGGAAUUGACUACUGAAUUUUCUGUCACAUGCGUUAAGCCUUUUUAAUAAAGUAAAGCUGGUUAAUGUUUCCAGAUUUUUCGACGAUGGCUUCAAGGCUUCGAGGAUAAGCUCGUCCAGGCAGUGUUAGCUAGACAGCCAUGUUAAAACAACAAUCGAGCAAUUUACCCCCUCUGCGAAAUUUGCCCAGCUGGAGCCGGGUUGGAACCCUCGACCGGGCUCGUGACACUCUUCUAGUUUCCUGUGAAUGUGAGUAUAAAGCAGCACCAUCAGACAGACAGGGCCGCAAGACCGCUCAGACCAGUGUAGGGAUGGACCCAGCUGGGGCGAGGGUAGCCUCACUGGAGAAAGACAUCCAGUUCCUUCAGCAGACGCAUAAAAGCACACUGGAGAAGCUACACGAGGAGAUUGAACACCUGAAGCGUGCUAACAAAGAGUUGCAGUAUCGACUGAUUAUGGGAGCAGAGCAUCUUCCUCCAAGAGAGCCUAGUCCAUCGGGCUUACAUGAAAAGCAGUGUCAGACUGGAGUCGUCUGCUCUGAAGAGAAGCCAGAGACAGUAUGUCAUGGUGUAGAACAUAAUGUGGCCAGCAUUAUGUCUCUGCUUCCUCUGAGGAUCCGAGAUGGUUCAUCCCAUCCACCACGCACUCCAACCCUGCAGGAGUGUGAGGCCAUGAUUGGGCAGCUCUAUAACGCCAACACCUUGCAGUGUCAGGAGCUGUUGCGUGUGAAGGCUGUUCUUAGAGACCUGUUAAACAGAAAGAAACUCUCACCUGAGGUCUGCAAUCUAACAAAGACAUAUCUUGCUGACAACACAAGUGGAGAGUGGACACACAUUCCAAAACUAUCUCUUAAGACCUUGCCAAAAAUACAACAUCAGACCCAGGUGAUUGUGAGAGAGAAGGUUAUUUUUCCUGUCAUCAGACAGUCCCUGAGCAGCAACCUGACAGAGAGGCAGAAACGUGCCCAGGACGUGCACAAAAGGCGGCUCAGAAGAGCGAUCUUCUCCUAGCUACAUAACAGCUAUAUCCAACAGUAAAUAUAAUGAAUUACAAAUGUGUUUUUUUUUUGUAAAUGAAUUAUGUUAUAUCUUGCAGAAGUUUUCUUAUUUGACCUCUGCAUCUUCUCAGAUUGUGGAUAAUGACAGUUGACAUCAGAGUGUCAGUGCCUUAAAUGCUAUAAUCUGUUUUGGAAUACGAGAUGAUUGCUCUAGAUAUCUUGUUUUGUUUUGAGUUUGCCCUGUAAAUUAUAGUAAAUUACUCCUGAUGGCUGCUAAAUCCAAUUACUUAUAGCUUUAAACCUCUAAACACAGUAGAAAGUCACAUGGACACAAAUUCUGAAAACAUAUAAUAAAUAAUAGGCUAAUUAUUAGCCUACACAACUCUUGCUUGUGAAGUGGUAUCAAGGCAAUAUCAAAUUAAAUAAGGCCAGCAUGAUAUCUAAGGACUAAAACAUACUAGGCUGUGUUAUUUUCAUAGGAAAUCUUCAUUCUCCAUGGUGUGGUGUGAUUUGGUUACCACCCCUAAGCAGAUUAUUUUCUUAUAACAGCACAUCCCAAAGUGUUUUAUACUCUUAUAACACAGUCAUUUGCCAACAAUAUUUUUUAAAAUUAAGUAAACAAUAGCGCAGCGUGCUUUUUAAAAUUCAGUUUAUAGUUAUGUUUAAUGUUGUGGCAGUUAAGUCCUGUUAUCACGAGGCAUUAGAAAACUAAUGAACACCUCCUGACCAGUCAAAUUUAAGAAUUCAACAACAUUAUAAUAUAAAUAGAAUGACUAAAUUGUUAUUAUUACAACCAUAAAAGCAAUGAUUAUGGCACAAAAACAGUAUAAGCUCUUUUUUAGAAUGUACACGGUAUGGCCAAAAGUAUGUGGACACCCGAGUUUUGAACAUCCCAUUCUAAAAACGUAGGCAUUAAUAUAGAUUUGGUCUCCCCUUCACUGCUAUAACUCCACUCUUCUGGGAAUACUUUUCACUAGAUUUUGGACUGGGGCUGUGAGGAUUUGCCCAUUCAGCCACAAGAAUGCAAGAGGUUAGGCACUGGUGUUGGAUGAGAGGGCCGGUUAGUUCCAGUGAAGGGAAAUUGUAAUGCUACUGCAUACAAGGACAUUUUCGACAGUUGUGCGCUUCCAACAAUGUGGCUACAGUUUGGGGAAGGCCAUAUGGGUGUGAUGGUCAGGUGUCCACAUACUUUUGACCAUAUGGUGUAUUAAUGUGUAAACAGAUAUUUUUCUUCACAUAUCAGCACUGUUUAUCACCUGUGUCUGCUUUCUGCUUAUUUUGCAUUUUCUGAGCCUGCUGCAGAUUCACUCAUGCAAAACACAUCCUGGACUGUACCUUUCAUUAAAAAAAGGUAUCAUUGGACUGAAUGGGUAACAACUCCUUCAAUCUGACUCUUUUGAAACAUUUAUUCUGUUACUCUUUUCCUAUUGACUUUAGACUUUUAUUUGCUGUUGUGGCAUUACUGUAAGAUUGUAAUUAUUUGUGUCGAGAUGUUUUACUAGUGAGGAUUGGCAAGAAGAGAUUUACUUUGUCAUCUUUCUGGUUUAUGUUUUUAUGGUAUUUUAUCACACAAAUGUGAAAAUAAAACUUUCGAGUCUUGGCUUUCCAAUAAAUAAUAAGAGUAUUUUAAAAAUGGGUCAGACAAACAUACAGCUUGCCUUUUACUGAGAUACCACUUAGUAAUGAACCCUUUGCCCCUUUAGCUGCUCCUUUUAGGGUGCCAUGUGCUUUUAUGUGUAAUAUAUUGGCUUCUGAUCGCAGGUGACUAUCUUGAAAAUUCCUCCAGUCAGUUGAGAGUUUUCAAACUUGACUUGAGUAAACUUAAUCCCUUUUAAUUUAAUGUGAAUGUUAAAGUGAAAUGUGUGACACGAGUCACACUUUGCUUGUAUUUCCUCAUUUGUAAGUCACUUUGGAUAAAAGUGUCUGCUAAAUGAAUAAAUGUAAAUGUAAAUAUAAAGUGGAAACUUA